UUGCGGGAGUCCGAAGCCGCGCUCGAAGAGCGCGCGGAUGAGCUGCGACGAAGCCGCGAGAAAGAAAACGCGCUGAGCGUCGCGCUGAGCGACGCCGAGGCCCAGCUCGUGGAAUCUCGAAAGAACGUCGACCUCAUCGUUGCUCGCGCGGACAAGGCGAGUCAAAUUUUCACGGAAAACGCCGCCGCGCUCCGUUUGGCGGAUGCACGCGCGGCGACGGCGGAGUUAGAGGUCAACGUGGCGGAGGAACGAGUGAAGACGCUCGAGGAAAACUUGGACGCCAUCGCCGCCGAACGCGACGAGCUCCAGCGCGAACUGGACGCCCAAAAGCAGCAACAGCAUCAGCUGCGACCGAUAUCGCCGGUAGUGGCGUCCUCACCCAGCGCCGCCGUCUCGGCGUCGCCCUCGAAACCCGCCGCCUCCAUCGACGUCAUCGAGGCGCUCGAGCACGAACGCCGCGCGCGCGCGCUCUUCCAGAGCGACGCUCGGUACUGGCGAGAGCGUUACGAGGCCAUCGCGGCGACAUCAUCCGCCGUGCUCACCCCUCUCAGCGCAUUCGCGCCUCAAACGGCGAGACGUCCCAACACCCCCGGGAACGCCCUCGCCCUCGCCGCGGGUCUUCCGCCGUCCCCGGUCGUCCUCGACGCCGACGCCGACGCCGACCCCGACGUCGAAGACAUCGACGAAGAGCGCCCCGACGCAGAAAAUACCGAGAACGAGCCGAUCCCGCGAGCAAAAGCGAAACCGAUGACAUCGAUCGAUUCCCCGGCGCCGCCGACGCGCGCGCGCCGCUCCCUCACCGCGUACUUCCAGUGA